AUGGCCUACGAAGCAGCUGCCCAUCUUCACGCCAUAGCUCCUUUGGAGACGACGCACCUAGUUUUCAUGGUGCUCUGCACCCUGACCUUCAUCCUCGGUGUGACGGGGAAUGGAUUCAUCAUCUUCAUCACCAGGUGCCAGAAGAAGAAAACAGUCAACGCCCUGUGGCACCUGAACGUGGCCAUUGCUGGAUUUAUCUUCACUGUCUUCCUGCCUCUCAUGGUGGCCCUGGGCUUCAAAUGGUAUUUGAGAAGCGUCCUGUGCAAGAUAACCAACAUCAUCACCUCCCUCAGCAUGUUCUCUAGCAGCUUCCACCUCACAGCCGUCAGUGCCGACCACUGUGCCACCACAGUUUGCCCCGUGUGGGCCCAGAACCACUGCACAGUCCAUCUGGCCUCCCUGGUCACACUGAGCAUCUGGAUUCUGGCUGUCAUCAUCAGCUGGUGCUACCAUGGCCUCUGCUUCGAUCAGAGCCUCUUGUUGAGAGAGAGUGGAGAAGCAGCCAACAUUGCUAUCCGAUUCCUGGUUGGGUUUCUGGUCCCACUAGCCUUGAUCAGCAUCUGCUUGGUCACCCUGGCUGCCAGACGGGGCCAGAAACGGGCGGCUUGGUCCAAGAAGCCCCUCCGGACCCUUCUUAUCUUGCAUGUCAUUUUCUUCCUCUGCUGGUCCCCGUAUCACAUAAUUGCCUUCCUGCAGACCUCACCCAAAGCAUCAUCUCCAGAGACAACAGAGUCCCUGGAGACUGGGACCAUCUUUGCUCAUGGCCUGCUCUGUUUCAACAGCUGCUUCUACCCCUUCUUCUACCUCAUCACACGACAGCAUUUUGUUAGCUGCCGGAGAGGGGGGCGGAUCUGUCCAACCCCAGUCAAUGUGGGAUCAGAGCUGGUCGAGUUGGGGGCAAAUAGAUAG